AUGUGCAAUUUCUCAUUUCUUUGUUUUCUUUUCUUUUGGAAUGAUAUUCUAAGGGAAGUGAACAAUGCUCAGAUUGCAUUACAAAGUAAAGGUUUAUGUGUUGAUGAAAUAAUCAUCAAACUAGAAGCACCUCGUUUAUUCACUGGAGAGAAACGAUUGCCUCUAGCAGAACAGGCAAUAAAUUUUGCUGUACAAAAAUCGGAAGAAUACAGUAUUUCGAUGGAACGACGAAUUCGUCGCAAGAAACGCAUGCCCGGUGAGUUAGCAUCGUCCACCGAUGCAGGACUUACACUUAGAGCGGAACUUCAAAAGGACAUGUUAGAAUGUCUUGACAGAUUCAAUAUUGAACUCGAAACAAGAGUAAAGUCCAUUAAAGACGUAACUUCAUUGAUCGAGGUUGUGCGGUCGAAGACCUUGCUUUCGGCAAACACUGAACAGUUAAAAUUUGCUAUAUCAAAAUUUACUAACCUUUACGAUGAAGUAGCAGAAACAGAACUACUUUUAGAAAUACCAAGAUUGAGAAGAUAUUUAAAAGCUGCUAAUAUUACUAUCUCUAAUUGGGUGACACUGGACUAUUUGAUAUUCAUUGUGGAAUGGGAUUUUACAGAAUCUCUUCCGAAUCUAACGGUCACACUAAAUUUAUUUAUAACAAUAUUAGCAUCAGUUGCUUCAUGUGAGAGAAGUUUCAGCAAAUUAAAAUUAAUUAAAAAUUACUUGCGGUCUACAAUGACUGAAACCAGAUUAAACAAUCUUGGUAUUUUAACGAUAGAACAUGAAGCAACACAAAGUAUAAAUUUUGAAGACGUGAUUUCGGAGUUCGCAAGUGUAAAAGCUAGAAGGAAGAAAUUUUGA